GGGAGAUAGUGCGGAAUUUUCGCUCCUCAAAAUGUCGGAAUCACAGUUUUUUUGGUAUUGUGAAUAAUGUAAACUAGUAACUGAAGUAAGGAUCUUUCAAAUGUCAUCAUUAUGAUUGGAAAAGCAUUCACUUGUUACACGAAAACUGACCGAGAUCCAGUAUCAAUCCUUCUUGAGUGCAAGCAUAGAGAAGAAACUUUACUUUUUGAAAGUGGAGCGAUUGCUCAGCUCUCUCAACUAGAAACGGAAACGAUAAAGAAGAACUACACAAAAGUGGUUGAUUCUUAUGGCUGUCUGGGCGUUUUGAAGAUAAACAUCGGUGAGGAUGAAACUAUUGACUUUCUUGUACUUGUGACUGGCUGUAAUUCGGUUGGUAAAAUCAAAGACAGUGAGAUAUUCAAGAUAAGCAGCACARCGUUUGUAUCUCUGCAAGAAGAUGAMGAGGAUGAGAGCAUCACUGAGAUYCGUAAGCUGUUAAAUUCUAGCACAUUUUACUUUGCUGUUACAUCAGAUGAUCAACCAGCAUAUGACCUGAGUCUCUGUGCACAGAGACAGCAAGAUGGACAUAAAUCUGACAAUAGAUUCCUAUGGAAUCGUAGUCUUCAAAUCCAUCUUGAAAAAUUUGGUGUCAACUGUUCACAGUGGCUUUUGAGUAUUAUGUGUGGAGGAGUGGAAAUUAAAACAGUAUACAUAGGCACUAAACAGGCUAAAGCUUGCUUGAUAUCAAGACUGAGCUGUGAGAGGGCUGGCACUAGGUUUUAUGUCAGAGGAACCAAUGAUGAAGGGCAUGUUGCAAACUUUGUAGAAACUGAACAGCUGAUAGUCCUUGAUGAAAGAGUGGCAUCCUAUGUUCAGGCAAGGGGGUCUGUGCCUGUUUUCUGGGAACAACCAGGAAUUCAGGUUGGUUCACACAAAGUCAAGCUGUCAAGAGGAUUUAUAGCUUCAUCACCUGCCUUUGACAGGCACAUCACUGCUCUUAAGAGUAUAUAUGGCCAGAUUCUCAUUUUAAACUUACUUGGAAUAAAAGAAGGAGAAAAUACCCUGAGUACUGCUUUCCAGGAUCAACUUAAGGACUCUGUACAUGGUCACAAUACUCCRAUGAUAUGCUUUGAUUACCAUAGAAACUGUAAAGGUGGACGGACAGACAAGUUGAAUGUAUUCAAGGACAAAGCUAAACCAUCCAUUGAAGAAUUCAACCUUUUCUUUGCUAAAGGACCAAUUGUUGAGAGAAGACAAAAGGGCGUGAUUCGUUCUAAUUGCUUAGAUUGCAUUGAUAGAACCAACAAUGUACAAACAUUUAUUGGGAAUGAGAUGUUAUCUGUCCAAAUGCAGCUGCUUGGACUUGCUAACAAGUCCUCAAUCGUUGCAAGGUUUGAAGAAGGGUUUAAAACAAUGUGGGCAAAGAAUGGCGAUAAUAUCAGUAGAAUAUAUAUAGGUACUGGUGCUUUGGAUGGCAAGGCUAGGGUGGUAAAUAAGCUACGAGAUGGCGCACGCUCAGUAAAGAGAGCUAUCCGUAGUAACUUUCUUGAUGGAAGUAAACAAGAAGCCAUCGAUAUGUUCUUGCUUGGAAACACGUUCUCAGGAGAUUUGGGAGAGAGAGCUCGCGCUCUUCUGCACUCGUCGUUUUUGCACUCAUCUCCCAAGAUCCUUCGCGAGCUCUGCGAUCGGCACUUAGAGUAUACCACGUGGUCCAAUAUACGGGUAUGUGUUGGUACGUGGAACGUUAAUGGUGGACGUCAUUUCCGGUCGAUUGCGCAUAAGCACCAGACGAUGCAUGAUUGGCUGCUUGAUUUUCAUAAAUAUUUGCCUGAAAGUGGGUAUUGUGAGGUUGAGAAUGUUGACUUCACUCAACCAACAGAUGUGUAUGCUAUUGGUUUUGAAGAGCUAGUGGACCUUAACGCUUCAAAUAUCGUGUCAACCAGUUCAUCGCAGAGAAAAGAGUGGGGCGAGGAGUUACGCCGUGUGAUAUCACGUGACUUUCCAUAUGUAUUGGUCACAUGUGAACAACUUGUAGGGGUUUGCUUGUACUUGUUCGUAAGGCCACACCUUGUACCAUAUAUUCGGGAUGUAGCUGUACAUGCUGUCAAGACUGGUCUUGGGGGCAGUGCUGGGAAUAAAGGAGGUGUUGGUAUCCGCAUGUUACUUCACGCCACAUCAAUUUGUUUUGUCUGUUCUCACCUGGCCGCUGGCCAAUCGGGUGUAGUCGACAGAAACAAUGAUUAUCUAGAUAUCGCGUCAAGGGUAGCUUUUCCAAUGGGUCGAACGAUCCGCUCACAUGACUAUGUGUUCUGGUGCGGUGAUUUCAACUAUCGCAUCGAUCUACCAAUGGAAGACGUGAAGKCAUUUAUUAAGCAAAAGAACUGGGGCGAAUUGAUUGAAGGUGACCAGCUCAUUAAACAGAGGAAUGAACACAAGGUGUUUCGUGGUUACAUCGAAGGACAGCUUGAAUUUGCGCCAACGUACAAGUACGAUCUGUUCUCUGACGACUAUGAUACCAGYGAGAAAAUGCGCAUCCCGGCCUGGACUGACCGCGUGUUAUGGAGACGAAGAAAGCCUAGGUACAAGUCCACUUCUCAUGUCAAGAAGCAUGUGAUCAAUCGAAUAGACGGGAGUAAGGGUGACUUGAUGACUGAAGAAGAGGAGGAAGAAGAAGAGGAAGAUGAUGACGAUGAGCCUGAAGAUGCGACUUUAUCUGAGAGCAACAAAGAGAGUGAUAUCCACUUCCACCCUGGAAAAGUGUUGUAUUAUGGCAGGGCCGAACUGAAGACAUCCGACCAUAGACCAGUGGUAGCAUUGAUUCAAAUUGAAAUUCAAAAAGUCAACGUCAAAGAACAAAGCAAAGUACAUGAAAGUGUCAUGCAGUCAAUGGGACCAGCGGAUCCUACCAUUGUAGUUAACUGUGAUGAUGACGACGACGGUGAAGGCAUUGACGUCAGCGAAUUACUUGAACUUUUAGAAACUUGUGGAACAGCUGUUCUAGUAAGAGUCGUUGAUGAUGAUAUUCUCGUGACAUUUGAAGACGGAAGGAGUGCAUUAAAGGCAUUACAUUUGGACGGCAAAGAGGUAUCAGGGAAGGUGGCCAGARUCAAGCUUAAAUCUGAAUCGCUUUUAUCCAACACAGACCUCACUAUACAAACAUUGAUAUCAGGAGAKUCUUCUUUUGCUAGUGACAUAUCAGAAGAUAUCCUAUCUCCGACUAGAGGACGAGCGCUUUCUGAUCUCUUAUCGACAUCUAGUGAAAAUAAGCAUAUACAAGUCUUAGAGCCAAUCAAAAUACAGUCUGCAGAACUCGAGGGAGAAAGUUCUGAAAGCGAACCGGAAGACGYCCAUGAUUAUGAAGAGGAUUAUGAUAGUGAUGACGUGGACAGCAGAACGGAAGCGGAUCGUCAAAUUGAAGAACCGUCGUCUAAACCAAAGCCACCACGCCCAGCUCAACCMAAGAGACCUAAGCCUCCCAGACCUGCAGCUGCCAGGCCAAAACCACCCAAUACUCGGGUAGUCAAGUUUGARGAACAAGCUCUUCGGUCUAUCCCUGAUUAUAAAGACAACUUUGAGGGUUCCCAGGAAGCAUUGGAACACUUUGAUCCCUUGGCCCAAAUUGAGACAGACAAGCCUAAAAGACCACCUCCACCUAAGAGACCGGCUCCACCUAAAGUCAAACUUAAGACAACMCRGGUUGAACAAAGUAAUCAGUCAAAGAGUGAAGGAAGUCAACAGAGUUUAGUGAUAAACAGUCCUACAAAACCCACAACUGAAGUUAAGACCAUUAGAAAAUCUGCAGGAUCUAGCCGUACUGACAUUGGUAUGCCAUUCAACGUGCAGCACUUGGGUCACGUGAGUGCAGAUAAUAUCGAAGCUUUGCUAYUGGCUGCCAAGAAUGACCCAACACUUUUGCCAUCAUUUAUGACAGCAGACGUCAGCAAAGAUAAUAAACAUACUAAAACAGGCACAACCGAUGAACUUCCAAAAGAAACCAGUCCACUAACCGGUAACGAUGAAUUCUCAGUACAAAAAAGCACUAAAGUUGAAUUGUCUUCUGGUACUCAGCAUGCGCWCCCUGUACCAAUUAGACGCUCUAAGCCAACCCCAGCCCCACGACCAAGGUCAUAUGCUGAAGUGAAAGAUGGYGAUACCACCAUUAGCGCUACUGCACGUGCGCCAGUAGAUCCCGAGGCCAAGCCCCUAGUGAAACCUAAACCCUUGACACGAAAAGACGUUUUUGACGCUAUUAGCGAUGCACCACCAAAUAAAUACACACCUCAUUUACAACCAGCAAGAUCAGAGAUGGAUGUUUGCUCCCAGGAUCGCUCAAAUCCACCAGUUGCUCCARUGCGCAGGCGCAAAGCACCACCAACAAGACCGAUGUCUGUACCCAACCUUCUGCAAUAUGCUGAAGCGGAAAUAAACGAACCGCAAGUGGACAAUAGUCAUAGUACUUCUAAAACAGAUUCUGGACUUACACAGAAUGUUUCAGAUGAGCAAGAAAAUACUACUCUUCCACGACUGCCGAAUAGGUCAGCACCCCCACCCGUCCCCCCUCGAGUAGAUCUUGAAUAAUUUCUUGAAUUUUUGAUAAUUUGUCAAUUUAAUACAAUUUAUACAAUUUUUAUUGCAAUAUGAUACUUAGAGUAUUAUAUAGUAUAUAUAACGAAGGAAAUAAAACAGUGAAWCGAAUUUCAUUGCCAAGAUAAUUGAAUUUGAAAUGUAAAAAGAGGUAUUUUCAAAACAAAUCGUAUAGAUCACCUUUUUUAGUUCGUUUUUUUUUAAAUCAAAUCAUUGGAUACUAAUAUACACUCAUUUUCCGUUUCACCAAUCUUGUUUCUUAUUAAUGGUGUAGCAAAUGCGGCCACAUACUGCUGUGUGAUGGUGAAUAAUGUUUAAUGGUAGACUCAAGCUUGUGCGAUCACUAGAGUGAACGCACUUAAUCCGUGCAACUGUACAAAAUCUAAGUAGUUCUAAUUUCUACUAAAAGUGGACAUGAAGCAAGACGGUAUUGAAUGCUUCAUUUGUAUCAAUUCAAUUUAAUUUGCGUAUCGCAAGCACGAUUUAUUAAAUACACCUAAACRUCACUAUUUAGUUUKUACAGUUGCACCGAUUAAGUGCGAUCACUCUACUCUAAUGAAAUAAAUAUCGCUAUGAUAUUGAAGGUUAGACAAUGCAAAACAAAGGAAUUUCCAUAAUUUAGUACAAUUUAGCUCUAUUUUUAA